UCAAGCUCCGAGCGCGAGUCGAGCCUCUGUCUCACAGGCGGAAUAUCUGUCGCUUCUCCCUUCCGUCAUGUUCCCGGCCGUCUCCUCUCCGCGGACACCGGGGCCCGGGACCCGAAGGGGCCCGCUGGCCGGAGUCGGGCCGGGCUCCACGCCCCGGGCGACAAGCAGGAAAGGUCUUUCCCUGGGGUCUGCAGUCAGCUCCCCGGCGCUCUUUUCGCCGGUCGGCCGUCGUAGCUCGCUGAGCUCGCGAGGAACACCCACACGAAUACUGCCACACCACUGUGUAACGGAGUCUAUGAACUAUGAUGUGAAAACAUUUGGAUCUUCUCUCCCUGUUAAAGUAAUGGAAGCCCUAACAUUGUCUGAAGUUGAUGAUCAGCUGACUGUUCACAUAGAUGAAGGUGGAUGGGCUUGUCUGGUCUGCAAAGAGAAACUCAUUAUUUGGAAGAUUGCUCUGUCACCUAUUACUAAGUUAUCUGUUUGCAAAGAGCUUCAGCUGCCACCUAGUGACUUCCACUGGAGUGCUGACUUGGUGGCUCUCUCUUACUCUGCUACCUCAGGUGAAGCACAUUCUACUCAGGCCAUUGCUGUCAUGGUUGCCACCAGAGAAGGAUCCAUCCGCUAUUGGCCAAGCCUUGCCAGUGAAGACAUCUACACAGAGACCUUCGUAGAUUUGGGAGGUGAUAAGACUUACAGUUUCCUAACAGCAGUGCAGGGAGAAAGUUUUAUUUUGUCCUCGUCAGGAAGCCAGCUGAUUCGACUGAUACCUGAAAGUUUAGGCAAGAUUCAUCAACAUAUCCUGCCUCAAGGACAAGGCAUGCUUUCAGGAAUUGGUCGCAAGGUUUCUUCUCUUUUGGGAAUUUUGUCUCCAAGUACUGAUCUCAUCCUUUCAAGUGUCCUUUGGGAUAGAGAGAGAGCAAGUUUUUAUAGCCUGACAAGUUCAAACAUCAGUAAAUGGGAAUUAGAUGAUUCUUCAGAAAAACAAGCACAUAGUUGGGAUAUAAACAGAGCUCUGAAGGAAAACAUUACUGAUGCUAUUUGGGGAUCUGAGAGUAACUACGAAGCUAUUAAAGAAGGGGUCAACGUUCGGUAUUUGGAUCUGAAGCAGAACUGUGAUGGGCUCCUGAUUUUGGCAGCUGCAUGGCACCCAGCGGACAAUCCGUGUCUCAUCUAUUACUCUCUGAUAACAGUAGAAGAUAGUGGCCACCAAAUGUCUGAUGUAGUAACUGUAGAAGUCACUCAGUAUAAUCCACCUUUUCAGUCUGAAGACUCGAUUAUGUGUCGGUUGAUGGUCCCAAACUUUUCAAACCAGACUGCUUAUCUGUACACUGAGAGUGCCGUCUAUGUGUGCUCCACGGGAACUGGGAAGUUUUCUCUUCCUCAGGAGAAAAUUAUCUUUAAUACACAAGGAGAUAGUAUUUUAGGAGCUGGUUCCUGCAGUGGUCUUCCUAUUCUUUUUUCUAGAAACAGUGGAUUGGUGUCUAUUACGUCAAGGGAAAAUGUGUCCAUAUUAGCAGAAGACCUUGAAGAUUCCCUAGCAUCUUCAGUUGCUGGACCCAGCAAUGAGAGUAUGGUUUUUGAGGCUUCUACAAAGAAUGAAAUCAUAGCCCAAGAAGAUAAAACCAAAGUGUUAAAAGCUGCUUUUCUGCAGUACUGCAGGAAAGAUAUAGGUCAUGCUCAAAUGAUGGUUGAUGAGCUCUUUUCCUCCCACUCUGAUUUGGAUUCCGACUGUGAACUAGACAGGGCUGUUACCCAAAUCAGUGAGGACCUGGUGGAUGACUACCCAGCCUCUGACCCACGGUGGGCCGAGUCUGUCCCCGAGGAAGCACCUGGGUUUAGCAAUACAUCACUGAUUAUUCUUCACCAGCUGGAAGACAAAAUGAAAGCCCAUUCUUUCCUUAUGGACUUUAUUCACCAGGUUGGCUUAUUUGGACGUCUUGGCACUUUUGCAGUAAGAGGGAUCCCCAUGGCAACGCGACUGUUGCUCUGUGAGCAUGCCGAAAAGCUAUCGGCCGCCAUCGUUCUCAAGAACUACCACUCGAGGCUCUCUGAGCUCGUUAACACAGCAAUAAUGAUUGCUUUAAACAAGAGGGACUGCGAAAUCCCAUCCAACCUGACGCCUGCGGAUGUCUUUUUUAGAGAAGUGUCGCAGGUAGAUACCAUCUGUGAGUGUUUACUGGAACAUGAGGAGCAGGUCUUAAAGGAAACAUCCUUGGACUCUGUCGAAUGGGCUGAAGUGGUGAUCAAUGUGAACAGUAUCCUCAAGGACAUGCUACAAGCUGCCUGUCAUUAUCGACAGAAUAGAAACUCCUUGUAUAGAAAAGAACCACUGGAACAAGAACCUGAGUAUGUUCCUUGGACAGCAACGAGUGGUCCUGGCGGCAUCCGAACAGUCAUAGUGCGCCAGCACGGAGUUGUCCUGAAAGUGGUGUGUCCUCAGGCGGACAGCAGCCUCCGAAACAUUCUCACAGAGCAGCUCGUAGCACUGAUUGAUUGCUUCCUGGAUGGUUACGUUUCCCAGCUUAAGUCUCUGGACAAGUCUGGUGAUCAAGAAAGAUAUAGCAGUCUGGAAAUGGAAUACCUACAGAAAAGAUCAGAGCUCCUAUCUCCACUUCUCACAUUAGGCCAGUACUCGUGGGCUGCUUCAUUAGCAGAAAAGUACUGUGACUUUGAUAUCUUAGUGCAAAUGUGUGAGCAGACUGACAACCAGACCAGACUCCAGCGCUAUAUGACCCAGUUUGCUGAUCAGAAUUUUUCAGAUUUUCUCUUCCGUUGGUAUCUGGAGAAAGGAAAGCGAGGCAAAUUAUUAUCUCAGCCCAUUUCUCAGCAUGGAGAGUUGGCAAAUUUUUUGCAAGCUCAUGAACAUCUCAGCUGGUUACAUGAAAUUAACAGCCAAGAAUUAGAAAAGGCUCACGCAACACUUCUGGGUUUGGCAAACAUGGAAACUCAUUACUUUGCAAAGAAAAAAACCCUUCUUGGCUUGAGUAAAUUGGCUGCAUUGGCUUCAGACUUUUCAGAAGAUAUACUGCAAGAAAAAAUUGAAGAAAUGGCUGAGCAGGAGCGCUUUCUGCUACACCAGGAGACCCUGCCUGAGCAGCUGCUGGCGGAGAAAGAGCUGAGUCUGAGUGCAAUGCCGGUGUUGACUGCCCCGCAGCUCAUCAGUCUGUAUAUCUGUGAAGAAAACAGAAGAGCUAAUGAAUAUGAUUUCAAGAAAGCUUUGGACCUCCUGGAAUAUAUUGAUGAGGAAGAAGAUGUAAAUAUAAAUGAUCUAAAACUGGAAAUUCUUUGCAAAGCUCUUCAGAGAGAUAACUGGUCCAGUUCAGAUGGUAAGGAUGAUCCAAUUGAAGUAUCUAAAGGCAGUAUAUUUGUGAAAAUCUUACAGAAACUUUUAAAAGAUGGCAUUCAGCUCAGUGAAUACCUACCAGAGGUGAAGGACCUCCUACAGGCAGACCAGCUUGGGAGCCUGAAGUCUAAUCCUUACUUUGAGUUUGUUUUGAAAGCAAACUAUGAGUAUUAUGUCCGCGGGCAAGUGUAACUUCUGAAAAUGGUCACUGUUGCUAAAAAUGUAUACAGGCGCAUCCUUACGAAAAUCUUAGGCCUUCCACGUCUGAAAGUUUGUACAGUUUUAUAAUGUGUUACUGAAUUUUUUGUACUUUAUUUGGAAACUGCCACAAAACAGCCAUAUGACUGUAGUUUUGUUUUUUAGUUACAAGAUCUUUUCUCUCCUCCUUUUUCCAUCUGUUUAUCACU